GCGCGAGGGCGGGAAGAAGGCAGAUGGAGGGUAGGAAGUAAACAUGGAGAAUACGUCUAUAGAGGAAACCGUUGCAGAAAGUCAGUAUUGUACGGAUUUAGAUCCAGUUUCAAGACAUAGAUACAAGGAGUUAAUUAACAGAUAUGUUGGACGUGACCCGUACCUCAUGAAGAUGAGUGAGUUUUCAGUAGAACUGAAAGAUUUACCGACAGUUGAGGCUGUUGACAUCACCAACUAUCUGGUCCUUCAGACAUCGUACUACAACAGACAGCAAAUGAAGGCCUAUAAAAGUCUGGAGGCAUACAACUUUUUUGUCAACGGAUGGGUCCACAACCUCGGUGUCAAACGGCUCCACGAUGAUCAUCGUUUGGUCUUCGCCAGAGUAAACCACUCUCAGAGGUCAAGCGAAACACCUCUGAAGACCUGGAUUAUUGCGAAGGAGGCUGGAGAAGUCAUUGCAGCUCAUUGCAAUUGCAUGGCAGGACUAUCAGAAUCGUGUUCUCAUGUAGGGGCAGUUCUUUUUUCCAUUGAAGUUGGGGUAAAGAUGCGAGAUUCAGCUUCCUGCACAACAGAGCAGUGCAAGUGGCUCAUGCCAUCACAUGUAAAAAAGAUUCCUGCUGCUCCAGUAGCUCUGAUUGACUUCUCCUCAGCAAAAGCAAAAAAAAUAAAGCUUGACCGUUCCAUUGAUGGCAGGACAACUGACAACAAGAACACCAGAGACUCUGCAGCUUCCCCCCAAAGAGCUUGGAGAGCUAUGCCAGGAUUUCCAGCUAGAAGAGCUCACCCUGUCUCAAGUUCAGGCUGUAGAGAGGGCAACUCGAAGUCAGAGUGCAAGCAGGGUUUGGUUUAGGCAAAGAGCAGGACGUGUAACGGCCUCAAAGCUGAAACAAGUUCUUAAGACCAACCCCCAGCAGCCAUCCAAGAGCUUGAUCAAGGGCAUAUGCUACCCAGAAGCAUAUAGGUUCACCACAGCCGCUACAAGUUAUGGAUGCAAACAUGAAGCACAAGCCAGAGGAGCAUAUGAGAAGCUGAUGGUUCGGGAGCAUGCAGGCUUCUCCUGUAUGGACAGUGGUCUCUGGCUGAACCCCAAGUGGCCAUACAUGGGGUCCUCCCCUGAUGGGAUUGUCGCUUGUGACUGUCACGGAACUGGCAUCUGCGAGAUUAAGUGCCCACACUCUCACCAGGAUGAAGCCAAUCUGCGCAUGUGUGCAGGGGAAAAGAGUUUCUGCCUCAUCAAUGAUGGAGAUAAUGUUAAACUGGACCGAAGUCAUGACUACUACUACCAAGUUCAGGCACAGCUUCACAUUGUAGGUGCUGAGUACUGUGACUUUGUUGUGUGGAACUGUAAUGACAUUUUUGUGGAAAGGAUUUUGCCUGAUUUUGAACUUUGGGAUGAUGUGAUUCCUAAAGUUGAGUGCUUUUUUAGAAACUGUUUACUUCCAGAAAUACUGGGACAGCAAGUUACAAACUUACAUGUGUAAAAUAUGAUGAAACGUUAUGUACUUAGUUCCAGGCACUCUUGAAAGUGGGCUGUGUGAUACAUUGCCGUUAUAUCAAUACUGUUGUAUGAGACAUGACAUUUUGAAUAUUGUUAUGAUUAAAUGCUAUUGAGAAUAC